UGGAAGUCAGGUGCUGAGCUGCAGUGGUGAAGUCUAUGGCAGAAUUAGCACGGUUAUUAAAAAUAACGACACUAAUAAAGCUCUCAGCAUGGCUCUGUACGAGGACACUCUGCUCUGUAACUUCCCUAAGUGCCGUGCCAAGCUGUCAGGGUUCGCCUGGGUCACGGCCUGCUCCCACAUUUUCUGCGACCCUCACGGGAGUGGGGAGUUUAGCCGCUCCCCCGCCGUCUGCCCCGCCUGCAGCAGCGCCCUGUCCGGGAAACUAGACAUCGUGCGCUCCGAGCUGAGCCCCCCCGAGGAGUACAAGGCCAUGGUGCUGGCAGGACUGAGACCGGAGAUCGUGCUGGAGAUCAGCUCCCGUGCACUCGCCUUCUGGACCUACCAGGUGCAGCAAGAGCGCCUGCACCAGCAGUACUCGCUGUCCCGCCUGGAGGAGCAGCUGAAGCAGACAGAGCUGCUGUGCUCCCAACGGCUGCAAGGGAAGGAGUGCGAGGUGAGCGGGGUGAAGGGAGAGCUCAGCGCCCUCAGCAAGCUGCUGGAGGAGUACAAGCGCAAGUACAGUGACGUCUCUGAGAAGCUUAUGGAAAGGAACCGGCAGCACCACAAACUGCAGGGCCUCUACGACAGCCUGAGACUCAGGAACAUGGCAGCCAGCAGCCAGGAGAGGGAGAGGGAGAGCAGAGAGAGGGAGAGGGGCAGCCACAACUACAUCUUCUCCAGAGCAGUCGGACAGCCUAAGUUUCACACACCCCAGGGAAGCCGCUCUCACUGCGGGGAGGGGGAUCACAAGAACAGACACGCGCUGUUCUACUCCCCGCCACCGGGAGGCACUGUCCCCACUGCUGCUGCUUCCGGCUUCGAGGCAGAGAAAGAGGGCUUCUUCCAGUUCCCCUCCCCUGCCCGGGAAGGCCCCCACUCGUACUACAUGCAGAAACAGUGAAGGACGAGCGCCUUCGAUAGUGGACAGCAAGACCUUCACAGACGAUACUCAUUCAAGGCUUUUUUCAUUGCUUUUCACUGCUUAAAUAUAGUAUUGUAUUUUUGUCUUGCAACACAUUCAAAUUAAAUGUACUAAAGCAUGGUUCAAAUCUGGCUUGGAAAAUGACAUUUCUGUAAAAAAAUAUAUACAAAAAAUAAUGUAGCAUUGUGAAUUGCCAACAUGCUUCCUUCACAGAGAAUUAUAAUGUGAUGCUUUUCCGCAGUUACGAUGUAGCAUUGUAACUUUAAACUUGGUUACAGGGCAGCCUGGCUUUAACAUUGGGGUCUAUGAGGAGAAACAGCCUGGCUUUAACAUUGGGGUCUAUGAGGAGAAACAGCCUGGCUUUAACAUUGGGGUCUAUGGAGAGAAACAGUCUGGCUUUAACAUUGGGGUCUGUGAGGAGAAACAGCCUGGCUUUAACAUUGGGGUCUAUGAGGAGAAACAGCCUGGCUUUAACAUUGUGGUCUAUGGGGAGAAA